AUGUCUCUUUUGCAACCCCAGGUACAAACUAUUCUUUCGCCCCCCGAUGUCAAAAUUAGAGUUGAAGAAGAAUCCCUAUUUACCAGUGAAACUUGUAGUUUUCCGAUUGUUCUUGGAGAAAGAAUUACAGUCAAAAAUAAUAUAAUCCCUUUUGAUCAAUUUAAUGUUGGACUUCUCAAGGAAUUCAUCUGGGAGAAGAGAGUUGAUGUUAUUAGUAGCUUUAAAAUGGAUCUUUGGAAGGUUGAGAUUGAGGAAACCGAUGAAAACAUAGAAAAACUUCAAAAUAUUGAAACUGACAUUAAAGAAGAAUUUGGAGGUGUUAAGUUGUUGGCAACUAGUUUUGCUAGUGAAAUUUAUUCAAAUUCCCCUCCAAAAAAGCGCAUCCACAUCAUCGUGCAACUGCCCGCCACCACUGGAAAAAGAAAACCGGAAGAUCCAGAUGAGGAAAAUGAUGGUCAAGGCAUGAAAAGAGCAAAAACCUUGGCUUCUUUUCUUUCAUUUGCGACAUUACAAUCUCCUGAUGUAAAAAAUCUUUCCCACAAGUUCUAUGACCGUGAUCAAACUUUGAAUUCAAUUCUGGAUGUUGCUCGCACAAACUACUCCGGGCGCAAAAGUUCUGACCACAAAGAUCACCAAUUUAUUCUAAUUCCUGGAGGGAUAGGAAUAGGAAAGACACGCAUGGGGUGGGAAUCACAACAUAUGCUUUCCAUUCUGAAAGCAAAAGAUAGCGACACUGAUGAUUUUGUUGAAGCUCUAAACGAUCCAUGCUACAUCUUCGUUGACUUGAAUAAUGGAUGUAAAUAUAUUAAGGGGUUUGAUGAAGUUGCGGAAACAAGUGUGCGAAUAGGAGCGCGUGUUGCGGUGGCUUCAGGUUUGGUGUCUGAGAGCCUAUCUGAUUUGUCAAAGAUGAAUGUUAAUCUUUUCCGCCUUCCUGACGUGAUUUGCGAGAUUCUUAAACGUCGCUUUAAAACAAAACUGUGUUCGGUUGAGGCUAUUAUCAUCCAUCUUGACGAAUAUCAACUGUACAUUAAUGAUGUUCAAAAGGACCAACAACAAUCUUGGGCUGAUGCUCGCGAUUACUUUAAAGCAUUACUAAGAGAGAUCGGUAGUGUCAUGCGUGGUAAUAUGAUGAUAAGAACGGAGAGUGGACAUGCUGGCAACUCUCACCAUGGGUUUAACGGCAGAUAUUUUAUCAUUCCAAUUUGCACGGGAACGUCCGCAAUUGACAUUCACUUUUUGCCUACGGAGCAUACGAAUAGAAUAUUGGAGCUUAAACCUUUAGAUUAUGAAUCAGCAAAAUCAAUGUUUCUUGACAAGUAUGAAUGUUCGAGGCAAACAACCGAAACAGGCAGAAAUCUAGUGGUUCAAGGUCUCAAAUUACGUUAUUCGUCUGAUCUUAAUAAUGAAAAUAUCGAAAGGCUUUCAACAGAAUUUUGCAACUUUGUCCUGAACCAGCAACACUUUCGCAUUGCCAUUUUUGACACUGGCUUCAUUCCGAAGUUCAUUGAUGAUCUCUUAGGUCCUUCUGUUCUCACGUCAGAUUUUGAUUGGGGGAAUCAGCUUUUUACUAAAAUAUCUAAGCGGACUGUUGCUAUGGUUGGAAAUGAUCCGGGUAAUUGGAAAAGUUUGAAUGAUAUACGUACUGUAAUCUCAUUUGGGCUUACUGGGCAACUUGUUAAGCGAGACUUUCUAUUACCCAGCCGUACUUCCAUUGGUGAACUUGAACGAGCUGGUUUGGUUUAUCUCUCCAACUCUGAAGAUGAAUGGUAUACCAUUGUUAUGCCUUUCAUAAUGCUGAAAAUACUCAACAACAAACUCCUUGUUUCUCACGUAGAAACUGUGUUUCCAGAUCACCUUCUCUUAAUCCCGACACAUGAUUCCCCUUGGCAAUGGCAAAACUUUGAACUUCUAUACGUAUAUUACCAAAAAGCCAUUAUUGAUAGUUUAAUCGAAGUUCGGAAGUCAAUUAUUUUGUCAAUUCAGCAUAAAAUUCAGUUACUUCAAUCGUGUUUGCAACAAGAAGUUGAAGCUAAUAAACGACUGCAGAUCGGUGACGAAAUCAAAAUUCAAAGAGAAAAUCUUACUUGUCAAUUAAGCAUGAACUGGCGACUAUCUGAUAUAUUUCGUGGCGCGAAAGGCGUUGACGCGCUUCUUCAACGAAGAGUACAGUUACGCAAACUCAAUGUCUUUGCCGAAAAAGAUAAAUUUCUUGAACGGACAGACAGCAUUGCAAAUUUAAACAAGUCGAUAUUAUGCGAUGACAACGUGACUCGCUCAUUCGAUGAAGGCAUCUUCCGCUGUUACCGAGGGUGUGCUAAUAUUGAUCACCGUUUGGUUCUCGAUUCUUCUGAUAGUGGAAAGAAAUUGGCAAUCUUUUCGCAAAUCAAGUAUUCAGAAUGCGAUGCAUCAACUACUAUUUCCAUACCAUUCAUUAAAAAUUGGUAUGAAACAACAAUAGCAUCAGUUAAAAAUUACAAAACUGAGUAUGAUGUGGUUCUUGUCUUGUUCACAAACCGACGCUGUUUAGGACAUCUCAAUGUUGGACAAAUGCCUCAACUGCUUCUUAUAUAUCUAGAAAAUAUCGAGUCGUAUCUUUCUCCGACAUUUGCUCAUCGUGGUUUAGUGGAUAGGCCAAGUGAAAAAUAA